CCCGCCCCCCUCCCAGUCCAAGAUGUCGGCGCAGGGAGAAGUCGAGGAUUCGGCUACUGAGGAUCAACGCGUGGCGCUGCGCAAUGGGGAGGUCGCGCUGGUGGACGGCGGCCAGGCCGACGGCGCCGUGGAGCCGGCGGCGAACGACAGCAACAACCAGCAGCAGCCGCCGCCGCCACCACCGCAGCCCAAUGCGUGGCAGGUCAUCAAGGGCGUGCUCUUCCGAAUCUUCAUCAUCUGGGUGAUCAGCAGUUGGUUCCGCCGGGGAUCGGCGCCGCAGGAGGGGGCUGCACCUGGGGAGGCGGCUGUGAUGCGACCGCCCAGCCGCAACCUAUUUCCCAAGGACACGCUUAUGGACAUGCGCGUGUACGUGUCGGAGCAGGAGCUGUUCACGCAGUUUAACGACAGCUCGGUGCUCGUGUGGGAGUUGCUGGACCUUGGCUACGGGGACUGGGCCUCGGGUCCCAACGGGGACGGCUCCUUCUCCAGCUCCCACGAGAUCAACAUCUCAGAGAACGUACAGAACAACGGCUCCAUCUACAUCCACAUCUUCUUCACUAAGAGCGGUCACCACCCCGACCCCGCGCGCAAGGAGGAGUACCGGCGCCUCGCCACCACGCACAUCUCCCGCAUGCUGAACAAGUACAAGAAGCGUCGCUUCCUCAAGACGAAGAACCUGCUGACGGGCGAGACGGAGGCCAGCCCCGAGAUGAUCAAGCGAGCGGAGGACUAUGGGCCGGUGGAGAUCCUGUCGCACUGGCACCCGAACGUCACCAUCAACAUCGUGGACGACCACACGUCCUGGGUCAAGGGAUCGGUGCCACCCCCGCUCGACCAGUACGUCAAGUUCGACGCGGUGAGCGGCGAUUACUUCCCCGUGGUUUUCUUCAACGACUACUGGAACCUGCAGAAGGACUUCUACCCCAUCAACAGCUCGUUGCGCAGCCUGCCGCUGCACGUCACGUUCUCGCCGCUCUCGCUCUGGCGCUGGCAGAUGUACGCGGCUCAGUCGACGCGCUCCGCCUGGAACAUCCUCGGAGACGACAUCUACGACCAGUCCGACGAGGAGCAGGACUCCGUGAAGGUGGCGCUGCUGGAGACAAACCCCUACCUCCUGGGCAUCACCAUCGUCGUCUCCAUCGUGCACAGCAUCUUCGAGUUCCUCGCCUUCAAGAACGACAUCCAGUUCUGGAACAGCCGGCAGUCCCUGGAGGGCCUAUCGGUGCGCUCGGUGAUCUUCGGCGUGUUCCAGUCGGCUGUCGUGCUGCUCUACAUCCUGGAUAACGAGACCAACUUCGUGGUGCAGAUCAGCGUCUUCGUGGGGCUCCUCAUCGACCUCUGGAAGGUCACCAAGGUCAUGAACAUCAAGGUGGAUCGCGAGAACAAGCUGCUGGGUAUCAUCCCGCGUGUGCGCUUUGAGAACAAGUCCACCUACAUGAAGUCGUCCACCAAGGACUACGACGACAUGGCGUUCCGCUACCUGUCGUGGGCGCUGUUCCCGCUGCUUGGCUGCUACGCGGUCUACAGCCUCGUGUACCAAGAGCACAAGAGCUGGUACUCCUGGGUGCUCAGCAUGCUCUACGGAUUCCUGCUCACCUUCGGGUUCAUCACGAUGACCCCGCAGCUGUUCAUCAACUACAAGCUCAAGUCGGUGGCUCACCUGCCGUGGCGCAUGCUCACCUACAAGGCGCUCAACACCUUCAUCGACGACCUCUUCGCCUUCGUCAUCAAGAUGCCCAUGAUGUACAGAAUAGGCUGCCUGCGUGACGACGUGGUGUUCUUCAUCUACCUGUACCAACGCUGGAUCUACCGUGUCGACCCGCGGCGCACCAACGAGUUCGGCACCAGCGGGUUAGACGAGCGGGGGAACCCCGUGGUGGCGGGGGGGGCGGGCGACGACGCCCCGUCCUCCUCCACCCCCGCCCUGGCCGCCCCGCCCGACCCCGCCGAUGGGGGGGGCGACGACGCAUCUGCCAAGACCCCCGAGGACAAGAAGACAGAUUAGCGACCCCCCCCCCCUUCUCCCCACC